UCAAACACAUAGAGAACUGUAGUUUCAGAUCACCCUCAUCAUUCUUCAAAUGAGAAAACAGCCCAUAUAUUGCUGUGUUUGAAGUCAUUUGAAAUCACAGAUGUUAUUCAAAGACAACCUGGUUGCACUUUAUACUACAGUAUCUUCAAGUGGUAUUUACAGGGAGAUGAAUUAGUAUCAUACUAGCACAACAUAAUCAAUGCAGAUUAAAGGAACUAACAUCUCAUUAAAGAAAACAAUCACACUUUGGUGUUCUGCUCUGUAAAACACCUGCUAUUGCAAUCCUGUAAAAUCAAGUGCAGCCUAUGACCCAUUCAGUUCAUUUCAUUCGGUGUGACUGUUUUGGGGGGUUUGGGGGGGAAGUACCUCUGAUUUUAGGUCCCACACUUGGACAUGGCCUAAACCAUUUUUGACCACUGCUUGUAUAAUCUUUUCUCUCUCAUGACCCACUCCAACCACAUUUGCAGUAGUGAGAUUUCACACAAAGACACCCUGUGUGGGUGCUGCCCGAGAAGCAAUAGUCGUAAGCCCAGCUUGAAAGAGAAAGGCAGUCCCUCUAAGAGCACCGGGGGGAAGGAAGCCAAGACCCCCAAGCCAGAGGAGGGAGGCAAAGAGAGUCCAAGCAAAGUGACCAAGAGCUUUAGCUUCACAGAGCGGAACAAAGCAAAACACGCUUUCAGAAUGAAAGAUGGAGCUUCUCGGCAGAACUCUGAAGUGCUGAUUGAGUUGCAAGACGAGGACUUCGCCAUGAAGAGUUCUCCAGCGAUUGAGGGCUUAAUAAAGGCAAGUCUUCCAGAAGAUUUUGGGGAUGACAGAGGUUUCCACUGUGAGUUUGUGCCGGAUCUGUCUCCGGGACUCAAGGUCACCAUCAGAGCAAUCUGUGUUAUGCGGUUCCUGGUGUCUAAGAGGAGAUUUAAAGAGAGCCUCAGGCCUUAUGAUGUGAUGGAUGUGAUAGAGCAGUAUUCAGCAGGCCAUCUGGACAUGCUGUCACGCAUCAAAAACCUUCAGUCCAGAGUGGAUCAGAUUGUGGGAAAGGGAGCCACGGCAGGAGAAAAGGACAAGCCCAAAGGCGACACAGAGAUGGCUGAGGAUCCAAGCAUGAUGGGACGUCUGAACAAGAUGGAAAAGCAGGUGGGGGCAAUGGACCUCAAACUUAACUUUUUGGUCAGUGUGUACACCACACAUAUGGGCAUCCCACGAUCUGAGACCGAAGCCCUCCUAGGCUUUAAAAUCCCUUACCCUGCUCCUCCCUACCACAGCCCUGAUGAUAAGAGUGAGAAAGCACAGGAUGAGAAAGAGGAUGAGGAUAAAAAGAGUGUGUCCCCUGUCCAUCCUGGUCCCAAUGGGACUCCCACCGAUAGCCAAUGUCGGCCCUCUGCCUCAUGGCAUCAUCAGGAUGACCAUCCCCUAAGUGUGCCUCUCUGGAACAACAGCCGAGGAGUUUCGCCGAUAGGCACUGAUGACCCCUUGCUGUACCGCCUCCCGCCUCCGCCAUUCCAUGAGAUCGGGGACAGCAGCCGCUCACGUAGGUCCAGGAGACCUGUCCAGCAGCAGGCGGCCGUUGAGAGUGACACGUCCCUCUCUAUUCCCUCAGUGGACCAUGAGGAACUGGAGCGCUCUUUUAGCGGCUUUAGCAUUUCUCAGGCCAGGGAAGAGGAUUAUGUGCCUCCGGUGAGUCUGGGGCUUUUUGGUGGAGGCGGCGGGACACUUUGCACACAUCUCAGGCCUUAUCUGGCCGAGGGGGAGUCGGAUACGGACUCUGACCUCUAUACGCCAGGAGCGCCGUCCCCUCUUUCAUUUACCGGAGAGGGGCCUUUCGGUGACAGGAUGUGGCCUGGUCUGAAAUAGUUUGGAGUUUGUUUAACGGACCAGUAUCCUGGAUGUAGCUGAUGGAUGUGUAGGUGGCCAUUUGGACUUAAUGGAGUGAAUCGAAUGUCGAAAAACAAAAAUGUGGGAGUGAUUACCAACUGCAUUGAUACCACAGCUGCAAGAAUGAAUCAUAAACAUUGCAAAAUAAAAAGACCCCAAACAUGGAGGCUAAGGAUGUGUGUAUUUACAAGUAUUUACAAGUGGAAAAGAUUGUGUGUAUUCAAUUACUGGCAUGGAAAUAAAAAAAGGCACCUCUUCUUUAUUACUUUGCAUAGUCACCACAGCUAAUGCAGUAUCAAAUGCACUUUACCUUAAUGAGAUAUUUAUUUAUUUAUUUAUUUACAUUGUCUUUUCCUGAAAUGCGUUAUGAGACUGUUAUGAAAAUGAGUAGUUAAUCAGGGCAUGUGUUCAUAGUAAGCAUUUAAUGAACAUUUUAAAGUGAAAGGUCCCUUUGGAGAAAAUUAAUUCAGCCAAAGAAAAAGAAGGCAGAAAGCUAAGCAUGCCAUACAGGUACUUUUUUCCCUCUUGUAUUUCUUAUCUGUAGGAUGGAAAGAUUAAUAAAUUUUUUAUAGCUACAUUUAAUAGCUUUAUUGAAGUCAAAACACUUACGGAGAGAGACACAUACUUUUGGAGGAACUAUUAAAAUUUGCAGGAACCCUGGUGAUGAUCAGAGGAGAAAUAUCCAUGCUAUUGUAUGCAAUCAGUUUUAAUUUUCUAGAAUUGGUAAGCUGCACUAUGAUAUGUUUUAUGCUGUAGUGAAGAAGGCACUGAAUAAUAAUCAGACCUAAAAAUACAUUAACUGCAUGGCAUGUUUAUGGAAUAUAGCUUGUUGACAACCUAAUAGGAUGACAAAUGAGAUAGCAAUUAAAGAAAGUCCCUUCAACUGCAGUCAGAUAUAGUCAGGGAUGAAGGAAUUGAAAAGGUAUCAAUUGUAUUUAUUUGUUUUGUUUUUCCAGGUCAGAUUUACAUUGAAAGCACUUGUUUGUACAGGUUUCCUGUAGGGCCCAGAGACCACACACAGCUGCAAAUGUAUCACUUUUCCUAGUAAAAAGGAAGAAGAUUAAUCUAUCUAGAUGUGGUUUACAUAAGAAAACAGGGAUAACCAUGUUAAAAACAUUUUUCAAAGCUGUAUUUCAAAGCGCUGUUCAAACAUUACAAUAUUAGGUUGCAUACUGUAAGGAAAUAAAGUUGGUUUUGUCUCA